AUGGGAGGCAACGCACACCAUGCAGCGCGAACCCGGGACUUCACCGUAAAUCGGAAGUUCGAACCCAGCUCUCGUUAUAGGGAUGAUAUCUAUCUGGAUGACGUGGCAAUCAGUACCUAUGAUGAGAGAUGGACUUAUGUGGCAUGCGAAAACGACCGCCCUUGUAGUGACUGCGGCUCUCUUUCACCGCAUUUAAAUUGCAUAAUUAUUGCAGUUGAUGGCGCUUGCAAGGGGAAUGGUAAGCCAGGGGCUAGGGCUUCAGUUGGAGUUUUCGUCGGCAACGAGUCCGAAUACAACAAAAGCGUUCUUCUAUCCGAGUCCAACGCAACAAACCAGGUCGCAGAGCUGCAGGCUGGCAUCCUUGCACUUCACCAAGCCAUGAAAAUACGGGAUAUAGGAUUAGACGGUGAAGAGCUUCACGAAGUGGUGAUUAAGGCGGAUUCCGAGUAUCUGGUCAAAGGGAUGACUGAGUGGAUAUUUAAAUGGAAGGCUAAUGGCUACCGAACCUCUAAGGGGACCCCAGUCACAAACUCGGCCCUAUUUCAGAAGCUUGAGGAGCUUGUUGGCGAUCUGAAUGCGUCUGAUGUUGAAGUCUUGUUUUGGCAUGUUCCCCGGAGUCAGAACACGCGGGCAGAUGAGCUAGCAAACAAAGCACUCUAA